AUGGAUAUCAUUUUCGCUAUUUUUGAAGAAACCAAUGCUAUUGAUGACGAUUAUUCAACACUGGUUAUUAAAUUGGACGACGAUGAAGAGGAUGAAUCCAAAAAUAAGCCGAAGGAAAAUACUCUCCAGCAACUUGCUAAACUAAAAGAAGUAAAUGCACGACUCAAGAAAAAUAUAAACAAAAAAAAUCAAAAAAUUAAACAUAUCAGCAAAGAAAAUUUACUCCUUAAACGAAUCACAACUGAAAACUUGCUAUUUAAACAGGAAAUAAAAUUUCUUUGCCAGCAAAUUGUCCAAAAAGAUAAAAUGUAUAAUAACCUUCAAAAUGAAGCAGAUCAAGUGCAGUUGAAUUUUCAGAAUGUGGCUGUAGACCUUAAGAAAUCGAAAAUCCUAAAUAAAGCCAUACUACAAGUUUUAAAGAAUAAAAUUGGUGAUUGUAUAGAUAACAAGAAAAGGAUAGCCGAUCAACAAGUAUUAAUUAAUUACCUUGAAGAACAGAUAGAAAUAGUCAAAUCAUCUAAUUCUAAUAGAGAAAAAAUAAAUGUAAACCUCAUUGGGAUAAUUCGAAAAAUUAAAAAAGAACAAUCGUGUGUAAAAAAAUUAUGA